UGUCUCGGUCCUCCUGGGCAGAGGUGACGGCCUCCGGGAGAGAGAAGAUGCCCAGAUACACGGUCCACGUCCGGGGGGAGUGGCUGGCCGUGCCCUGCCAGGGCGAAGGCCUCACGGUGCUGUGGCUGGGCCGGGAAGCCCUGAGGAGGUACGUGAAGAACAAGCCCGAUAACGGAGGCUUUGCCUCGGUGGAUGGCGUGAAGUUCUACAUGCGGAGAUGUAAGGGGCUGGGCCUGCUGGACCACGACGACCUGCUCGAAGUCGCCUUGGAGGACAACGAGUUUGUGGAAGUCGUGAUAGAAGGUGACGUGAUGUCUCCAGACUUCAUUCCAUCUCAGCCCGAAGGAUUUUAUCUAUACAGCAAAUACCGGGAACCCGACAAGUAUAUCGCCUUAGAUGGAGACAGUCUGACAACUGAGGAUUUGGUCAAUUUAGGAAAAGGGCUCUACAAAAUCAAGCUUACUCCAGAGGCUGAGAAGCGAGUGCAAGACUCCAGAGAGGUUAUCGAAAGUAUCGUGAGAGAGAAAACUGUUGUCUAUGGAAUCACUACUGGAUUUGGAAAAUUUGCCAAUACUGUCAUCCCCCCUGAUAAGCUAAAGGAACUCCAGUUCAAUUUAGUGCGUUCCCAUUCCUCAGGUGUUGGGAAACCACUGAUCCCAGAGAGAUGCCGGAUGCUCAUGGCUUUGAGAAUCAAUGUCUUAGCCAAAGGAUACAGUGGAAUUUCCCUGGAAACUCUCAAACAAGUGAUUGAAAUGUUUAAUGCAUCUUGCCUGCCCUACGUUCCAGAGAAAGGAACAGUCGGAGCUAGUGGAGACCUGGCCCCACUUUCUCACCUUGCACUGGGCCUUAUAGGAGAAGGGAAGAUGUGGUCUCCAAAGAGUGGCUGGGCUGACGCCAAAUAUGUCCUAGAAGCCCAUGGAUUGAAACCAGUCACUUUGAAGCCCAAAGAGGGUCUGGCCCUCAUCAACGGGACCCAAAUGAUCACAUCCCUGGGCUGUGAAGCUGUGGAAAGAGCGAGUGCCAUCGCGAGACAAGCUGACAUCGUGGCUGCUUUGACCUUGGAGGUGCUGAAGGGCACCACCAAAGCCUUCGAUACAGACAUCCACGCUGUGCGCCCUCACCGUGGGCAGAUUGAAGUCGCCUUCCGAUUUCGGUCCCUCUUGGAUUCUGACCACCACCCAUCAGAAAUAGCAGAAAGCCACAGAUUUUGUUCCCGAGUACAGGAUGCCUACACAUUGCGCUGCUGUCCGCAGGUCCACGGUGUGGUAAACGACACAAUAGCUUUUGUGAAGGAUAUCAUCCUGACCGAGAUUAACAGUGCAACAGACAAUCCUAUGGUUUUUGCCAGUAGAGGAGAGACUAUUUCUGGGGGAAAUUUCCAUGGUGAAUACCCAGCAAAAGCUCUGGACUACUUGGCCAUAGCUGUCCACGAACUUGCAGCCAUCAGUGAGCGGAGAAUCGAAAGACUGUGCAAUCCAUCACUCAGUGAGUUACCUGCAUUCCUGGUGGCUGAAGGGGGCCUGAAUUCUGGCUUCAUGAUUGCUCACUGCACAGCAGCAGCUCUGGUUUCGGAGAGUAAAGCCCUGUGCCAUCCCUCCUCUGUGGAUUCCCUCUCAACCAGCGCCGCUACCGAAGAUCACGUGUCCAUGGGAGGGUGGGCUUCGAGAAAAGCCCUCCGAGUCAUCGAGCAUGUGGAGCAAGUGUUAGCCAUUGAGCUCCUCGCCGCCUGUCAGGGCAUCGAGUUUCUACGCCCCCUGAAAACAACCACUCCAUUGGAGAAGGUCUACGACCUUGUGCGCUCUGUUGUAAGACCUUGGAUAAAAGAUCGUUUCAUGGCCCCAGACAUCGAAGCAGCUCACCGUUUGCUUGUGGAUCAAAAGGUUUGGGAAGUUGCUGUGCCUUAUAUUGAAAAGUACAGAAUAGAACAGAAUCAAGAACUCUUCCAAGAAUCCAGGCCUAUCUCUCCCACUGCAUUCUCAUUGGGCUCACUGCACAAGAAAACAGAUGGCAAACACACUCACUUUGAAUCUGAAGAUCUGUAAGAGAUCAGGUUCUCACCAUUGAUCAAACAGAUCACAAAUCAAUACUAUUCUUUCUCUCAUAUCUAUCUAAUCUAUUUGUUGUCAGACUGGCUAUGUGAUUCAAACACACAUGGAAGUCAGGGAAAUUUCUAAUUAGAAUGAUAACUGUGGAUGGACACUGUCCUUCAAGAACAUGUGAUUUUUAUCCCUUAUUGUACUGAUAUAAAUCUCUUAGGAUCAUAGAUUUAAAGCUAGAAGGGCCCUUGAAUUCAACCCCCUCAUUUUUACAGUUGAGGAAACUGAAGCAUGGAGAAGAGAAGAGACUUUCCCAGCACCAUAUAGUGUCUGAGGCAGAAUUUAAAUUCAGGUCUUCUUGACUCUAAGCCCAUCAUUUCAGUCAUGGCACAAUAUAACUGUCUAAAAAUCGUAAGGUCUCUACAAGUCUUGAAGACCAGUCCAAAUACUAAGUUCAGAAAAGAAUUGACCUUGAGAAGGGGGUAAGAAAUUGGAAAAAUCUGAUUGGUCUGUCUAAAUUGCUCAAGUUCCAGGGAUAUUUGUUCAAUUUUCCCUUAACUUUGUGUCUUGUUGAUUUGAAAUAAAUUUCACAAAUAUAUUCUAUUCUCAUGAAAAAAUAGUCAGUACUUAAUUCUUAACAUUGGGAAAGAGUUUACCACUCAAAACUUAAAUAAUAACAAAGGUUAAAGAGUAGAUCCCUCUUCUAAUCUUAGCAAAUGUAGAGUGAGUUCAAGUCUGAAAUAACUAAACUUUAUCAAUUAAUGAACAUUUAGAAAACACCAGCUAUGUUCCAGACAGUGUUAGGCACUGGGGACACAAAAACAGUCCUUGCCCUAAAGAAACUUACAUUCUAUUGAAAGGAUAUAAUAUAUGUACCAAUAAAUAAGGAAACAUACAAAAUAAAUAACAUUAUCUUUUCCCUAAAA